AUGUCUGCUUGUUCCUCUCUCAGAAGAUGGACUGCAGCGAAUGUUCUCCUGAUCCCUAAACAUUCUGCUGCCAGGACUCUGGCCACUCACGCCUCUAUUCCCGAGAAGAACUGCUCGUCUAUAACGCCCCCAUAUACUCAGCUUCUGGAUAGAUUGACCUUGAUCCGAGAAAUUCUUGGCAACCGACCGCUGACCUUGGCAGAGAAGAUACUAUACAGUCACAUCGCAGAUCCUGAACGUAUCCUCAAAGAUGGUGACGUCAAACGAGGGGAGACGUAUCUGCAACUGCAUCCCGAAAGGGUAGCUAUGCAGGAUGCUUCUGCACAGAUGGCACUACUUCAAUUCAUGAGCGCUGGCAUGUCGAGGUGUGCUGUGCCUACGAGUAUACACUGCGACCAUCUUAUCCAAGCCGUCGACGGUGCAGAAGCUGACUUGAAGCGAUCAAUUAUCUCCAACAAAGAGGUCUUUGACUUUCUGGAAAGUGCGGCGCGGAAAUACGGCAUUGAGUUCUGGAAGCCUGGAUCCGGAAUCAUUCAUCAAAUCGUCUUGGAGAACUACGCCGCUCCGGGGAUGCUCAUGCUUGGAACAGAUUCACAUACCCCCAAUGCCGGUGGACUCGGUAUGCUUGCUAUCGGAGUAGGCGGAGCAGAUGCGGUGGAUGCCAUGACUAGCACACCUUGGGAGUUGAAGGCCCCUCAAGUAGUCGGUAUUCACUUGACGGGGAAACUCAACGGCUGGGCUACACCGAAGGAUCUCAUCUUGCACCUGGCCGGCAAGCUUACAGUCAGGGGAGGAACAGGCCGUAUUCUGGAAUAUUUCGGUCCAGGCGUUUUCAACCAAUCGUGCACUGGGCUGGCUACUGUCGCUAACAUGGGUGCAGAGGUCGGAGCAACGACGUCUACGUUCCCGUACACCCCGAACAUGCGGUCUUAUCUCGUCGCAACUGGACGUGCACCCGUAGCCCGCGCAGCAGAUGAAGCUGCUGCUUCUGGCUUCCUUGCUGCUGACGAAGGUGCUGAAUACGACGAGGUGAUCGAGAUUAAUUUGUCUGAGCUGGAGCCUACUAUCAAUGGACCAUUCACCCCGGACUUGGCCACUCCACUGUCUCAGUUCGGCUCUUUCGUGGAGAAGCAAGGUUGGAAGGACGAAAUCUCCGCAGGACUUAUUGGAUCGUGUACAAACAGCUCCUACGAAGACAUGACGAGCGUCGCAGACCUUGCGAGGCAAGCCAAAGCGGCUGGUCUCGCAGUGAAGGUACCCUUCCUCUGCACACCCGGUUCUGAGCAAAUCAGAGCAACAAUCGAACGUGAUCAAGUCACUGACGUGCUUCAAGAUGUUGGCGCCGUUGUACUCGCCAAUGCUUGUGGACCCUGCAUCGGACAGUGGAAACGUGAGGAUAAGAAGGGCGAAGAGAACGCGAUCUUGACCUCAUUCAAUCGAAAUUUUAAGUCCCGUAAUGAUGGUAACCGCCUGACGAUGAACUUCCUUGCGUCUCCGACCAUUGUCACCGCCAUGUCGUUCUCUGGGAAGCUGUCGUUCAACCCUAUGACAGAUGCCAUCGAGCUUCCCUCCGGAAAGUUGUUCAAGUUUUCUCCGCCUACCGGUCAGGACCUCCCUUCUGCUGGAUUUGCUCCUGGGGAAACCAGCUUCUAUCCUUCGCCGACACCCGAACCACAACCUGAAACGGAGGUGAUCAUCAAGAAGGAUUCGCAGCGUCUCGAGCGGCUUGAGCCCUUCCGAAGUUACUUCGGUGCUAGCUCGGGCAACCAUAGGGGAUUAGAGCUGCCUAGCCUUAGGGUGCUCAUGAGGGUUCGCGGCAAGUGCACGACUGACCACAUUUCUGCCGCUGGCCCUUGGUUGAAGUACAAAGGACACCUGACCAACAUUUCUGAGAACCUCCUCAUUACGGCUGUAAAUGACGAAGGGGGCGACGUGAAUGUGGCAUUUGAUCACGAUCACGAACCCGGCCAAAGUGAAACCGACACGAUCCCGGCAGUCGCGAAGCGUUUGAAGGCGCGAAGCCAGCCUUGGACCCUCGUGGUGGACGACAACUAUGGUGAGGGCAGUGCGAGAGAGCAUGCUGCACUGCAGCCGCGCUUCUACGGAUGCGCGAUGAUUGUUGCGCGCUCUUUCGCUCGCAUUCACGAGACGAACCUAAAAAAACAAGGCAUCCUACCCUUGUGGUUCGCCGAUAAGGCCGACUACUCGCGGAUUGGCUCUGGUGACGUUGUCGAAACAGUCGGUCUCGCGGAUCUAUUGAACCAUGUACCAAACGCGUCAAUCAAACUCAGGGUCCUGAAGCGGAACGGGGAAGUCUUCGAGAUCCCCACUAGACACACUAUGUCCAACGAUCAGCUGAAGUGGCUUAAGGCUGGCUCAGCGCUCAACCAUAUCCGCUCCCAGAUUACACAAUACUAG